CAGCCGAAACACAGGCUGUCAUGGCGGCGUAAGCACCAGGUUGUUUGGCUAUUUUGUGGUUUGGCUUUUUGUUGGCUUAAGUUAGAUUGAUGGUUACCGUUGGUGUUUAACGUAUAUUAGUAAAAAAAUGAGUCAAAGCGGUUUGAGUGCGCCAGCAAGCCCUGACCCUGAUUUGUCUGGAACCAGUUCAAGCAUUAUCGAAGGACAGUUGUAUACGAAUUCGCGUCCGGAAAGCCGAAGCAGCAUUAGCAGCAACUCCAUGGUUGAUCAGGACCAAGCCGCCGAAUCCAGUCGAUUGAGUUCAAACUUAGACGAAAUUGAUAGGAAGUCUGAUAGUGGAGAAGUGAUAGGUCUUGACGAAAAUGCCCAAUCAGGUGGCUUGUUGGAUGAACACAAACAAGAUUUAAUGGCCUCCGAUUCUAGUAAAGAAGGUGAAGAUAGUCUUGAAAUGGUGUCGGAUGAUGAAAUGGAAGCCAAUGAAAACUGCAAAGAUCCAUCAAAUAAAAAAUCACCCCAAGUUUUGGACACAUUGAUCAAGGACACAGAGCUAGAUUUCGAAGAAGAUAACCUUGAAGAAGAGCAAAAGAAGUCGGUUGAAGAUAAAAAAGCUGACGAAGAUGAUGAAGAUGGAGAAUGUGAUGGAGAGAAGGCACCUAAAGAAAAAGAGCAGAGUGAAGAAGAACUAGAGGAAGGUGAGGAGUUGGAAGAAGGUGAAGUUAGCAGUGAAGAAGAUGUAGGAAAACAUGCACGUAUGGAACCUAGACCUGUUUGUCGUUUUUAUAGCAAAGGAAAUUGUACUUGGGGAAAUAAUUGCAGGUUUGUCCAUCCUGGAGUCCUAGACAAGGGAAAUUACAAUAUGUUUGCUCCUGCACGUCCAUCCCCCCAUAAUGGGCCUGCAGGAUCCUACGAAAGACCGUUUGAGCGACCGCCAGUCGUUCCACUCAUCCCGCCGGCUGAAUGGGCGAACUCGCAGCCAAGAGCCGUGAUUGUCAGACCUCCACGUCAUCCACAGCCAGCUGAGCCACCACGAACUGACGCUUCAGGUGCAGAAUCUGCUUGGGAAAGAGGAUUGAGGCAAGCCAAAGAGCUGCUAAAAAAAUCCAGCCAUCGCAAAGAAACUGACAUUGAUUUUGAAGAAAAAAAGCUAAAUUUGGGUUUGGGUGAAGAAGAAUUGGACAAAGAAAAUGACUACUACACUCGACCUGCUAGUCCAGUUUUGCACGGAGACGUCCCUCCUCCAUUCGAAGAGCCUGAUACCGAACCAUACCACAAAUAUCCACCUCCAUCUGCUGAAGGGCGAUGGCCUCCGUCACGUUACCCUCCUCCUCACCGUCAUCCUCCACCUGGCUACCCGUAUCCUUAUGAAGGCCGGCGUCCUUACCCACCAGAAUCAGAGUAUAGGGAAAGGGAAUACUAUCACCCAGAAGGAUACGAACGUCCACACUACUAUGGCCCAAAGCCGAUGGAACGAGAUAUGCAUCCGUCUGCCAGCAAAUCCCAACCCCAACUUCCUCCUGGUCAUGAUAAACGAUGGCCCGACGAAAGGUAUGUGGAAGUUGUCCCUCCAACUCAGCGUGGCCGAAGUGACGAAUGGUGGGACCCAUGGAUGAGGUCAAGAUCUCCUGGUGGUGCUGGUGGAGGUGGUGUCGGUUCCGGUGGCCCAUCCUCAGGUGCAGUUGGGGUUGCCGGAGGAAACUCGUCUGGAGCUAAAGGCACGAGGCGUCGUAGCUAUUCGUCUGGGUCAUCCUUCUCGACAUCAUCAUCGACAUCAAGCUCAAGCUCAAGUUCAUACUCGAGCUCAAGCAGUCGUUCUAGCCGUUCCAGUGCUAGCUCUCGUUCCACUUCACAAUCUAAAUCAAUGCAUGUCAAGCGGCGACAGGGACGUAAACCCAAAAUCGCAGACCAGCGCAUCAAAGGGAACCAUAAGACUGCCUCUUCACUUCCAAUCGCCAAACACAAACCAUCAUCCGCACCGAUCCCGUCAUCACCUCCACACCCACAGUCCUCAAGGAAGCCCAUAGACAAACAGCGUAGCAUACAUGAGAGAUCACCUCAAAUUCGAAAUCGGGACUGGUCAAGUUCUUCAUCCCGUUCCCGUUCCAGAUCUCUUUCCAAAGUACGACCUGCAACCAAGAAUAACAGCUCCGCGCUCCCUGCGAAAGCACAUGCACGGGGUCGUGCUGUCUCAGGUUCCUCGAGUUCUAGUGAAUGGGAAUCAUCUCCCCAUUCAAACGAUGCCGGACGACCACGGCGAACGUCAAACCGAGGCCGAAGAGAUUUUGCCGAACGAAAGGAACUGCGAGGUGUGAACCCGCCACCAAUGUCAUCUCAUACAUCAACUAAGGGGAAAGCAGCCCCUGAGCCGCCCAAAGCGGAAACUAAACAGAUUAAGCUAACUUUAAAGUCAGCCGCACCGCCACUGAAGAAAAUAACCAAUAGGUUCAAUGACGACUCAGAUGAUGAAGGUUGGGAAAAAGAAAAACCCGUUCCGGUAAGCGUACCUCAACCUUCCCCAGUAACUAGUUCAAGUCAGCCUACUAGGAAACGAAUCGCCGAAUCGCCACCUCCAACUGCACCUGUAGCAAAGGUUGCAAAUGUAUCACCACAAAAGAUCGAUAAAGGAGGGAAGAAAUCCGCUGCUACGCGCCGCGAAGAAUUAUUGAAGCAGUUAAAAGCAGUUGAAGAGGCCAUUGCCAAGAAGCGUUCAAAGUUGCCAGCCUAGUUAGUUGAUAAGACUACCACGGACUUGGUCGACAGGCUCUUCGUUUAAUCCUGAGGAGUAUCUUGUUUUUUAUGUUGAUCAUUCUUUAAAAUACCAAUCUCCUGGUAGUUUCGAGAACGGUCAUAGUUCAUCCGUCAUGGAAGUGAAAUAAUUUUGUUUUGACUUAUCACGCUGUCACCACUUCAUGGAACACUUGGAAAUAAAUGCGAAAUGUUUCAUAUCA